GAGCUGCACGAGACCCAUCAUUCUGCCAGAGCCUUCAGCCAUUUCGUCAUGGGUCAGGCUUCAUAUGGGGCGAUCGUGUUACGUUUGUGCGGGAUCGAUUUACUCCAUGGCGGGCGUUAGCUCUUCCGUGGAAUAGGAGAGCCCAGAAAUUCAAACUGUGGAGCUAUUCGCUUUCCUUAGAUGUCUUCGAAACCGAAAGGAAGAGGAACACGCUGAGCCGAUGAAGAAGAUCGGAAACGGAACCCGACCGGCG